AUGCGCGCAGGACUCAUAGUGGUGGCCCUAAUGGCCCUGACGGCCACCGGAGUGAACGAGGUUGCUGGACAAAACAUCAUCCUGGACGCGAUCAUGCGCCGUAUUUUGGAGAACAUCCGUGACCUGCUGCGCACCGGCAACCCAGAAACCGGCUUCCCUGUGAUGGCCCCGUACAACAAUCCGAACCUCUUCAUCAACGCGAGUUUCGGUGGACUACUGGACUUCGAUGCACGCUUCACGCCGAUGAACAUUGUCGGUCUGGACACGUUCGAGGGUCGGCUGCAGGUCGAGCUGACCACGCUGCGCUUCCCGUUCGAGUUCCGGUUUACGGAACUGACCGCGCACGGUUUCUAUGACGCCAGUGGGAACCUUUGGGGACUGAUCCCCAUCUUCGGCAUCGGCAAUUUCCAGGUGCGUCCGCGAGGUGUCUUGGCGACCGGCUUUGCGACGAUCACCGACAACGGCCAAGGGUUCCUGAAGUUGGCCGACUUCUCAAUCACCCUGCAAAUGGACGGACUAGAAAGCAACAUUCAGGGUCUGCUGCUCGGUGGCGAUCUGUCCAACCUGCUCAACGCUGUCAUCCAGGACAUUGUCCCGUCGGUGCUGCGCAACUUCCCGGACGGUAUGACCAACCUGCUGAACGCUCUAGUCGUACCGAUCGCAAAUCGGUUCCUUGCCACGCGCACGAUGGAAGAUCUGAUGGGAUUGUUGUUCCCGUAA